CGCCGCUCCGAAGGUCCCGCGCAGCCGCCCGGGCCCCGCCCUCGCAGGGCAGCGCUUCCGCUUCCCGCGGCCCCCGUCCCGCCUCCCGCGGCCCCGGCGCGGCGCUCCCCGCGCUCCCCGCGGCAUGGCGAGUUACAGCCGCGCCGCCCAGCAAUGGGCUACUUUUGGUAGAGCCUGGUACCUCCUCGAUGCGAAGAUGCAGCCCCCAGGAAAAAUAGCAGCUGCCACUGUAAUCAGACUCGAAGGCAAACAUAAACCUAUUUAUCAUGCACUAAAUGACUGUGGAGAUCAUGUUGUCAUCAUAAAUACAAGACAUAUUGCCUUCUCUGGUAACAAAUGGGAACAGAAAGUAUAUUCUUCACAUACUGGUUAUCCUGGUGGUUUCAAGCAAGUGACAGCAACUCAGCUCCAUUUAAAGGAUCCAACUGCUAUUGUUAAACUGGCUGUUUAUAGAAUGCUUCCAAAAAACCUUCUGAGAAGAACUCUGAUGCAGAGGCUACACCUGUUCCCUGAAGAUGUUAUUCCAGAAGAUAUAGAGAAGAACCUUCUACAGGAGAUUCCUCAGCCACGUGCAGUCCCCAAGAGGUUAGAUGAAUAUACACCAGAAGAAAUUGCUGCCUUUCCGAAGGUUUGGACGCCACCUAAAGAUUAUCGAAGAAAGUAAUAAGAAUGAAAGAAGUGCCAUCAGGAGUGUCCCUCCUCCCUCAAAGAAAAUUCUUCUAAUGUGGAAGCAUCUGUGCAGCUCAGUCAGCCCUUCUAUGCUGAAUGUUUCUGACAGGUGUUAGCAAAUUUGACUUGGUAAGAUUACAGAAAUUCCUGUAUUUGAAACAGCUAAGAUUAGGUAUUAUCUUGUGAAUGCCAUCUGUACUGUGCAUUGUAUGAUCUGAUGUUUUUUAUUGACAUUUGAUUUGAUACUGUUAUUAAAGAAUUAAUACCUUUGUAA